CUGAUUGCACGCGACGAGUGAGGGAGAGAGAAAGAUAGAUAGAUAGAGAGAGAGAGAGAGAGAGUUUAGGAAAGGAAGAUACGCGACGGUGCGAUGUGAUGGACAUGUGAAGACUACACGCUCGGAGCAUCUACAGUAUCCCAAAUUUACGAAAAUACACGUGCCUGGGUGAAAUAAACAGCCAAUCACAAUUGGGACCAAGGUGUCUAAGUCAUCUCCCAGGAUGGGAUGUGGGCGCUCUGUUGCCGUGAGCGUCCCAGAAAAGCCAAGGGAGAGCAUGUCAAAAUCUGAAGCAGCCCUAAAGGCGGCCCUGCUGAUCCAGAACUGGUAUCGGCGCUACGUGGCGCGGCUCGAAGCUCGGCGAAGGGCAGCAUGGAACAUCUACCAGACAAUAGAAUACUCAGGGGAACAGGAUCAGCUAAAGCUGUAUAACUUCUUUAAUGACAUGAUCGAUCAUAUUUCCAUGUCGGAGCCCGGAAAGGACAAAUUCAGUAAUCUCGUCUCGCCGACAUCAGGGAGAUUCAAAGCGAAUGGUGAGUUUUUCUCUUUGCGUGUGCACACUCGUAACCAGACUCUGCGAGAGACUGAGUACGAGGAUGACAUAUACUGCCAUACGAUCGAGAUUAUGAGUUAG